GGAUUUUGCUGAGCUAAAAGUGACGUUGCCAAGUCUCCAUGAAGCCGGCGACAGGUUCAAGACUGGGAGCAUGAAGACAACCUCGACUGCAACCUACUCGAAGGAUGAUGACUACGCAGUCGGAAACGUGGAGAACCUCGAGUUUGAGGACAACGAGCAGACAGAAAUGAAUCAAGGCAAAUACAGAAAAUCCACGGUUUUCCGUGUAGGAACUCGAGUUGAACGAGAGCUGGAUGGGCUUUGGUUUCCUGGCACCAUUACCGACGCCGAACCCGACAGCGACUGCUACGAAGUUGAGUAUGAUGAAGAUAUGAACCGAGAGAGUGAAGUUUCAGGUAGUGAACUGCGUCUCCUAGACCCAAGUCGGACACGAGAAAAACCAGUGCCGAACGAGUUAACCCCACAGCAACGAGAAAUACUACGGAAGGAUUCUUUGUUAAUGCAGACACCGGAUUACGACCCGAACAAGGCACCGACUGUCGUUCUGCAUCACCAAGGCGAAACUAAUGCAGCGUCUGGGUACAUUAUCAAUGGGCUUGAGAACAAUGUCGCAACUGGCAAUGGGUUGCGGGGCAUCCGCUGGUUACGGGGCAACUCGUUUUGAGCUGCUAUUACGCUAUUUAAAACGGAGCGUCUAGGACUCGCUUCAUCCUGUUUCUGAUUGCUCAAGACCAAGCUCGAGACGCAACGCGCGCUCGUAGCUUUCAAACGCGUCGUCGAGGAGGAACUCCUAGCAACAUUAUGCAGGCAAUAUACAGUCAGUCCACAGAUCUACUUUUGCUAUCAAAAUACUACUCACCU